AUGUGGGAGUCGCUCUUCGCCGAGCAAAUGGGCGCCUCGGGGGGUGACUUCCUGAUGUUCUCUCCUAGGAGGGACUUCACGGCAACCGGAAGCCCUAGGAGGUACUUCGUGGUCUCCUCUCCCAAGAGAGACUACAUGGUGUCUUCCCCAAAGAGGGACUACAUGAUGUCUUCACCGAGGAGGGACUUCAUGGUGUCAUCCCCCAAGAGGGAGUACAUGGUGUCCUCACCUCGGAGAGACUCUUCCCCAAAGGCGAUCACCCUUCUCGGCCAACCUCUUGACCCACAAGGCGUCCACCAGCAGGGGGGCUACGCGCAUGGACUAGAUCGGGAAAGCCCGCUGCACAAGGUGUACAUCAACAACGCCCACAGCAACAGCGGCAAGCAGAGCACCGGCCCGUCGUCUCUCUCGUGCUCGUCGUCCUACGGCCAUGGUGAGAACCUGUCCCUGCCGUCCAUGGAACCCUCCUUCCUCGACGACUACAAGUACAAGGAGGGAGGUUACCUAGGGUACCAGCAGAUGCUGGGGAAGCAGGCGGCGGCCGGAAUAAUGCAGAACGGUGGGAGCUCCGCCACAGUCACCACGGUGGCUCCUCCUUCGUCCUCUCAGCUGCCGACGCUGUCGGAGUGCCUGGCCAUGCCGGAGCCAGCCUACGUAGGUGCAGAGGAGGCGGCCGCAGCAGCGGCAGCCGCCGCCGGGCUCCAGAUGGGCGUCGGCUUGACGUCUGACUUGUACUACGCAGCACAGUUUGGAGGCGGCGGCGAUGGCUUGACGACGUUGCAGCACCAGAUGGCCAAAUCUGAUCAGUGGGCAGCUGCAGCAGACUCAUCCCUGCACAGCAUGCUGGGUUCAGUCAUCCAAGCAGAGGCCGAACAGGUUUGUAGCUAG